AUGACAACAUCAACAGAUGAUCCAUUCACAAUGGACGAAGAUCUAUCAGAGCUACCGAAUAACGAAGAAACGUCAGUCACAACAGCUACUAAUACAUCAGAGACAAGCAAUGGGAUUCGAGAUCCAAAUUAUUCAAUUCACCAAUCACCCAAUUCCAUAUACGUUGAUACAAAAUUAAUACGAUCCAAAUUGGAUCAAAUCAAAUUAGAAGAAAAAGAAACCAAUGCAACUACAACAGAAGAAGAUGAUGAGAAAACUUAUGAUGAAGAUGCCGAUGAUAAAUUAGAUUUACAACUUCAGAAACAAUUAUUGAAACAAUAUAAAGAUGAACAUAAACAAAAUGAUGAAAUAGACUCAAAUAAAUUUAAUUUUGAUUAUAAUGAUGAUCAACCAUUAACUCCACCUGAAAAUUUUGCAUUAGUAAUAGGUUCAAUCUAUCGAAGUUCAUUUCCACAACCAAAUAAUUUUUCAUUCCUAAGAGGAUUAGGUUUAAAAUCAGUUUUAUGUUUAAUACCAGAGGAUUAUCCAGAACUUCAACAACAAUGGCUACAAAAUGAAAAUAUAAAAUUAUUUCAAUUGGGGAUGUCAGGAAAUAAAGAACCAUUUGUUAAAAUAUCAUCAGAUUUGAUCACUCAAGCUAUAAAAAUUGUUUUAAAUCCAGAAAAUCAACCAAUAUUAAUACAUUGUAAUAGAGGAAAGCAUAGAACAGGAUGUUUAGUUGGAGUUUUGCGAAGGUUACAAAAUUGGUCAAAAACAAUAAUUUUUGAUGAAUAUAGGAAAUUCGCUGCACCAAAAGAAAGAUCAAUGGACCAACAAUUUAUUGAAUUAUAUGACGAUACGGAACUAAAACAAUUUUGCAAUGAAAGAAAUCUAAUUCCAUUAAAAUGGGAUUAA